CAACGGCCCCGCCCGCGCCACCCCCGCGCGCUCGCGAUCCUGCGCGGGCCGGCGGGCGGGUCUGGGUUGGGGCGACCUCCGGGGGUCGCCGGGAGGGCCGAAGGGCUGACGGGCCUGGCCCCUCCCCGGGACUGCCGCGCCGUGGGGAGGGCCCUGCUGCGCCCCGAAACUGCCUGACCCAGGGCGGGGCCGCGCCGGAGCUGGGGUGGGUCCCCGAGUCCCCGGCCACGCUGCGGGGCUUUGCUCCCUGGGACGUCCCUUGCAAUCUUUCCCCUCGGGCUCCACGAGGAUCCCGGGCGCCAGUGCCGGGCUGAGGAAGGGGCGCGGCGGGGGUCCGCGGCGCUCUGCGUCCCUGGGCGCGGGGGAGCUCUCAGGAGCCCUCACCUCGCCCCGGUCACCAUAGGAAACAGCCCGCCCGUCCCCAAGCGCAGCCACCACCAUGCAGGUCCCUCCACAGGGCGCCCUGCCCCGGAUCUCCGUUGGUUUGAAGACCGAGGCCCCUUUCUACCCGACCCGACACAUCCCUGCGCCUCAAAUCACAGGCCUGAUUGUCCCCAGGCGCGCGCUCCGGGUUGGGGCUACCCCGCCCCCUUAUGUGCUGAGGAGGUGGUGUGGAGUGAGGCCUUUGUUUCAUUCUGGUCACCUGUAGACAUUAUAGGGAAACUGAGGUAGACAACGGGAACCCUGACUUUUUUGAAGGUCGGCUCCCCAGCCUCGGGCGAUCGGGGGGAUACCCUCUUCUGUUUAGGAUGCUAGUUAAGAGCAGCGAUCAGGGCUGGCGUGGGUUUAGCCACAGGCUUGUCCGGGGCGCUCACUCCUCGCCAGGAGCGGCGCUGGUGCUUUGGUUACACCCCGAGAGGCGCCCGGCACUACGGUUUCCUUGUGCGCUGCGGGAAUUUUCAGGGUUGGAGCGCCGGCCGCGGAGGGGUGGCAGUGAGGCCGCGCAGUGAGGGGACGGACUCGCCCGAGGUCGCAGGGCGUUCAGAUUGACUCGACAGGCUGGGGGGCGGGGCCGGGGUCCCCAAGCGGAGUCCGGAGCCCUGCAACGUUAGCUCGCGACCCCGUGUUUGGGAGUGAGAACAGCGAGUCAGGGCCAGGCGGCCGGCCCAGCUCACCUGCGGGCUGCAGUCAGCCCGGACGCCGAGACCCGUGCCUAAGGCCCCCGUGCCCCAGGCCUCCCAGGGGUGCUGAGCCCCCCAGGCCCAGAAUCUCCGGGGGCCCGGGCAAGGCUGUCAGGUGCGUUCCCUCCCGUGGCGAAGCCGGGGCUGGGCCUCCAACAGACCCACCCGGACUCGCGUCCCUAGGCAGAACCACACACCCUGCUCGACCCCCGGGUGAGGACUUCCACUUGGGGGGUCCCAAGAUGCGACGUCACACACCGAGGGACACGAGGCGGGUGGGCAAUAGCCACAAGCCCCUCCAUCCUGCGUUCACCCCACACUACGUUCUGCUCCGGGCCGGCUGGGGACCCUGCCCCUCCGGGCCUCUGGUCUCCUCCGAAGCUUCUUUGUCUGGGAAGUGCGGGGAGGUGCCGGCCCCGGGCGCGCGUCCCCGUCCCCCACCUUUCUUCCCCACGUUGCGGACCCGAGGCCGCCAGGGUCGUGGGGGCGGAGGCAAGGCUGGCGCCUCGAGACCCCCGGGUUCCCCGCCACCCGCAGGGCCUGAGCCGCGGGGAGGGGCGGGGAUGGGGCGCCGCCGCGGGCCGGGGGUGGAGAGCGACUUCCUCCUCCGCGGACGCGUCACGCGGCGGGGGUCAAGGUGCGGCCCAGGUACGCGGCGGGGGGCGGUGGCGCGGCCAUAUUUGGCGAUUUCGGCGCCGCCGGAGCCCCGCCCGCCUCCGCCGGGAAGCCCGGCCCGGGGCAGCGCCAUCCCCGCCCGCCGCCGGGCCUGAGUCACGGCGGGCGGGGGGCGGAAGUAACGGACGGGGGGCGCCCGCCCGGCGCUCCUGGCCUUAUUUAGUCAAGGAGGCCGCCGAUUGGCGCGCGGGACAAAGGGGCGGCGGCCGGGCAGCCUCGGGGCGUAGGAGUGGCCCGGGGCCUCCGAGGGGUCGGGGCGGGAGCCAGGCGUGGGGGGCCUCGGAGCCUGGGGAGUCCCGGGACCGACGGCGGCGGGGAUGCGGGUCUGCCUGUCCCUGGGUUGCGGGCGGGCGGGCAGGGCGAGGCCUGGAGCCCGCGGGGCGCAGGGGGCUGGACCGCGCGCUGUGAUUUUUUCUGUUUUGCAGCGGGGCCUCGCCCAAGGUCGCGCCGGGCCUGUCCUGGAUAUGCUCUGGGAAGCCAGUGGCGCAGGGCAGCCGCCACCCUUCUGGAACCAGUGCCGGAGAGGGCCGGGCAGCUGGGCCUGGGGAGGGGACCGCAUGGAUGGAGCUGGGGGUAGCUGGGCGGCCUCCGGAGCCGGGAGAGUCAGCAGCUGCACUUCCGCCAGAGGGUGGUUCUUAGCUGCGGUCACAGAUUGCAGGGGAGGAGCCAGAAACGGAGAUGAAACCGAGGAGCCCCCACCCUCUUCACAGGGCUAAAGCCAGAAACCACCGUCGCAGGCCACAGCCUGCCUCAUGUGGCCAUGCCUGCUCCCUGGCAGUGUGCGUCCUGCAACCCUUCGCACCCCAGGGUCUCGGCUUCCGCAAUGAAUCCCCAUGUUUGAAAUCCCCGCUGCUCCCAAGGCUACCUGCUGCCUCGGGGUAGAAUCUAAGCCCCUUCCCCUGGUGCUGGAGGCCCACAGAGUGGGCGCUGCCUGUCCCUCCACUCCUUCAGCGCCCUGACCACUGCCUGGCUGUUCCUUUGCCCCCAAAGCUCUCCCACUGGCUGCCUCCUGGCAUGCCCCCAUGCCACCCACGACCUCCCAUCAACUCCUAUUGAUUAUUAGCUUCUUUCACCCACUCUCUGCCCUAGAGCAUUGGUUCUUGGGGCACAGCAUCCUUGUCCUCCACAGUGAAGCUGGUGCCCCUGUACCUGGCAUAGCACCUGCCCAGCAGCUGCUCGUGCAGGAAGCCCAAGUAGGGGUGGAAUAGAGAGGGAGGAGUUCCCAGCCCUGGAGGAGGGAGCGGAGAGGAAGCCCAGGUAGAUUCGCAGCUGCCUCCUAUCUCAAAAACGUGGAAGGGGCUAUAUAACUCCAGGGCUGGGAGGGAGGGGAGUCGUUUUUGCUGACUCUCCGCACGGAGCUUCUCCUGCCUUCUAGCUGGUCAGCUCCUCCAGCUCUCCCCGCGGCAGCAGGCCAGGGAGCGGAUGUCUUGUCCAGUGUGCGCGGGGCACCGAGGUAGGGGAAGCCUGUUUAACCCGUCCAGCCCCUCCUGCUCUGGCCUGCAGCUCGCCCAAGCAGCUCUGCAGAGCGACUAGGUCAGGGCCUCUCCAGGUGUCUCCACUCGAGGGACUGCUGGCGCCACGCGGAAAAGGGGAAGCGGGUCAGGGCGGGACAAGGGCAAGAGGUUACUGCUCUGGGCGCUGUGUCCUAAGGGCUGCCUCUUGUCUGCGGAGAAUGGAGGGUGCUGGGGGUCAAGCCCGGACUCUGUCAGGGUACCCGAGUCUUAGCCACGCCAUCCUUCCCCAGCGCGCCGCGGGGGCGGGCACAGCAGGGUGGGCGUGGCUGGGAGACUGGCUGUGCCUCGCCGCCCCGCCCGUCCCAGGCCGGGAAGCUGGGACUUGAGCUGGUCUGCAUUCGGGCAAGUCCUUAGGACAAGGCAUCCUUUGGGGGCAUCACCAAGCUGGGAAGGUGAGCCCCCGAGUCAGUGUUGAGUUUGCGUAUCGGCAAGUGCCUUGAGCUCACACCCCUGGAACUGGCAGUUUGGUGAGAGAUGGAAUUUCAAGUCGAGAACUGGCCUGGGAUUUUGAACACUUAGUCCCUGUCUCUUGCUGGCACUGCUGCUGGUGAGAAAUGAACGUCACUGGAUUCCUGAUCCAGAGUCCAGGUGCCUGGCACGGUUGCUGUCCAGGGCUUAGAGGACAGAGGAAGAGCCCCUGAGUCUGUGCACACUCUGCCACCAUGGCCCUGCCCACCUCUGGAGCCCACAGGUGCCCAGCCCAGGCCCCUUGCUUUUGGCUAAACUCCUGCCCUACGGGGACCCCCAUGAUGGCCACUCAGGAGAUGGGCCCAGGAGGACAGGGGAGUGACUCCAGGCCAUGACCGGAAGUGGCCUGUGGCCCCUGUUCCCAGUCCCCAGGGAGAUGGGAGGGUCACACGCUGUUAUGAGGAAGAGGACACCGGGCUGGCCCUGGCCCAGGGUGGCCAGCUCUGGUUUCACUACUUGGCUCCGAGCCCCUGAGGCAGGUGCAGGAGCCAGGCACGGUGAGCAGGGCCCAGUGCCCCUCAGGCUCUGGGGAAGGGGUACAGCCAGGUGGCCCAGAGCGAGGAGGUGCUGGGGACAGGUGUGACCACUUCCAGUCUCUCCUGGCCUGCUGGCCUUCAUCCUCUCCCAGAUUCCAAGGGCCACCGCUGGGAGCAUGGGGUGGACAUCGUCCCACCAGCCUCCUGGAUCCACAUCCGUAAAGACUCCAAAGUGAAGUGAGGCUGGCUUCACUCCAGCUCACAGCAGAGGAGGGGGCAGCCUCAGGGCCCAGCAACUUGCUCAGAGCGCACAGGAGUGCGCUGGGGCCAGGCCAGCCUAGCCCAGGGCCUCUGACUCUGCCCCCUGCCUGCAGGGCUGCACGGCCACUGUGUUCCACUCUCCAGCGUGGGCAGCAGUCCAGUGCGUCAUUCUGGGGCCUGAGCAGUGUGGGCAGAAGCCGGUCUGGGGUGGAGGCGACCUGGGCUGCAGGUUGUGGGUGGGGUCCUUGCUAUGCUUCUGGCAGCAGGAAUCAGAGAAGCAGUAACUGGAUCCAGCUGAGGGCCUGGCGGCCACCAAGGGUACCGGCGGCGAUCAGGUUGCGGCCGAGCCGUGAGCGUUCCACUGGAUGGCUUCUACAUCCGGAAGGGCCGGGCCGGGCCGGGAGCCCACACGGGGUUGGAGGAGGGGGGCAGGAACGAGAGAGGCCAAAAGGUGCAGGGCCGUGAAGAGGGGCGCUGGGCCCACGCUAUGAGGAAAAGGGGAUCAACCCUGCCCUCCAGCCCCGUAGGCCCUCAGGCCUUCAGGCUCUGGACUCUGCAAUCCGGGAGUGGCUGAAAUCCAAGCUGAGGGUAAUGAAAGGUGCCACUCCUAAGCCGCACGUCUCUGAUCCGCCCUCCCCGCCCGCCCUCUGCUGCCCGUGGGCCCUCUGAGAGCUGCCCAGGCUGCUGCCUUGGGUCAGAGGCGGGUCAGAGCAGGCAGGGGGUUCAUGACGCCGGCUGGGUCUGGGGGCUGUGGGCCAGCCGAGCCGACCCGGGCUUCUGGGGGACCGCGGGGGCCGUGAGCACUCAGAGGGUGCAUCCCAGGCCCCUCCGGGGACCCGGCCAGCCUGAAGAUGCCGACGAAUGGCCUGCACCAGGUGCUGAAGAUCCAGUUUGGCCUCGUCAACGACACUGACCGCUACCUGACAGCUGAGAGCUUCGGCUUCAAGGUCAAUGCCUCGGCACCCAGCCUCAAGAGGAAGCAGACCUGGGUGCUGGAACCCGACCCAGGACAAGGCACGGCUGUGCUGCUCCGCAGCAGCCACCUGGGCCGCUACCUGUCGGCAGAAGAGGACGGGCGCGUGGCCUGUGAGGCAGAGCAGCCGGGCCGUGACUGCCGCUUCCUGGUCCUGCCGCAGCCAGAUGGGCGCUGGGUGCUGCGGUCCGAGCCGCACGGCCGCUUCUUCGGAGGCACCGAGGACCAGCUGUCCUGCUUCGCCACAGCCGUUUCCCCGGCCGAGCUGUGGACCGUGCACCUGGCCAUCCACCCGCAGGCCCACCUGCUGAGCGUGAGCCGGCGGUGCUACGUGCACCUGUGCCCGCGGGAGGACGAGAUGGCCGCAGACAGAGACAAGCCCUGGGGCGUGGACGCCCUCCUCACCCUCAUCUUCCGGAGCCGACGGUACUGCCUCAAGUCCUGUGACAGCCGCUACCUGCGCAGCGACGGCCGCCUGGUCUGGGAGCCUGAGCCCCGUGCCUGCUACACGCUGGAGUUCAAGGCGGGCAAGCUGGCCUUCAAGGACUGCGACGGCCACUACCUGACACCCGUGGGGCCCGCAGGCACCCUCAAGGCCGGCCGAAACACGCGACCCGGCAAGGAUGAGCUCUUUGACCUGGAGGAGAGUCACCCACAGGUGGUGCUGGUGGCUGCCAACCACCGCUACGUCUCUGUGCGGCAAGGGGUCAACGUCUCAGCCAAUCAGGAUGAUGAACUAGACCAUGAGACCUUCCUGAUGCAAAUUGACCAGGAGACAAAGAAGUGCACCUUCUAUUCCAGCACUGGGGGCUACUGGACCCUGGUCACCCAUGGGGGCAUUCAGGCUACAGCCACACAAGUUUCCGCCAACACCAUGUUUGAGAUGGAGUGGCGUGGCCGGCGGGUAGCACUCAAAGCCAGCAAUGGGCGCUACGUGUGCAUGAAGAAGAAUGGGCAGCUGGCGGCUAUCAGCGAUUUUGUCGGCAAGGACGAAGAGUUCACCCUCAAGCUCAUCAACCGGCCCAUCCUGGUGCUGCGCGGCCUGGACGGCUUCGUCUGCCACCACCGCGGCUCCAACCAGCUGGACACCAACCGCUCCGUCUACGACGUCUUCCACCUGAGCUUCAGCGACGGCGCCUACCAGAUCCGAGGCCGCGACGGAGGGUUCUGGUACACGGGCAGCCACGGCAGCGUGUGCAGCGACGGCGAACACGCCGAGGACUUCGUCUUCGAGUUCCGCGAACGCGGCCGCCUGGCCAUCCGCGCCCGGAGCGGCAAGUACCUGCGCGGCGGCGCCUCGGGCCUGCUGCGGGCCGACGCCGACGCGCCGGCCGGGACAGCGCUUUGGGAGUACUGAGGCCGCGCCCAGACCAGCCUGUCGCGCAUUAAAACCGUGUCUGUCCCGCAGCUGUGGGUGGGCCCCGGGGCGCCGCUUGGGGGGUCCUGCAGCUGGAGGUGGAGGAGGCCCACAAUUCUCCCCAAACCAGAGAGCGCCCAGAACGUCCCAGUGCCCAGGAACUCCCCUCUGGGAGGUGGUCUUGUGGAUGGGCUGGGUGACCCAGGCUGGUGGAGGGGAGGUCUUGAGGACGUGGGGAA